AUGUCAGUUCCGCCUUCUGGAAGCGAGGCUGGUGAGUCUCGAGAGGGGGGUGUUAGACUCGAUGCGGAGAUGCCUAUUCGUGUGGAGGAUCAGGCUGGUGAGUCUCAAGAGGGUGGGGUUAGACUCGAUGCGGAGAUGCCUAUUCGUGUGGAGGACCAGCCUGGAGCGUAUCAGCCUGGAUUGUAUGGACCUGGAACGUAUCAGUCUCCGUAUCCACCAGUACCGUAUCAGUCUCCGUAUCCACCAGUACCGUUACAUCGGUCUCCACAUCAGUCUUCGUAUCAGCCUGGAGCGUAUCAGUCUCCGUACCAGCCUGGACCGUAUCAGUCACCAUAUCCACCGGUACCGUAUCAGUCACCAUAUCCAUCUGGUCCGAUUUCAUAUGGACCGCAUCGCCCUGGGCCAGCGAAUGGGGCUCUCCUGAAUGCGAUGAACCAUGUUCAGCAAACGGUCGAGGAGCACGCACGUCAAGACGGUGGAAUCGGACCCCGCGUCGAGAAUGUUCGCCCUGAGGAUGAGCUUUCUCCGUCGAGCAAUGUGUAUUCGCCUGAAGCUGAAGCGGAAGGUGAAGAUGAGGACGAGGAUGAUGGGGGAGAUGGGGGUGAUGAGGGAGACGGAGAGGAGGGCGAGGGGGAGGAAGUUGAGGGGCUAGGGCAUGGCUGGAGUGAUGACGACGUGUGGGUGAGGGGAAGGGAUUUGGGAUAG